AUGAGGAGAUGGCAAGAGUGGUCUUAUGUUGGAGACAACAAAGAAAGGGGAGCUUUUCCUAGUCUCUCUAGGCUUCAUCUGGAGGAUUGUCCUAAGCUAAUCGGAAUAUUACCAUUAGAUUGCUUCCCCAUGCUUCAAUCGCUGAGAGUCUUGAAUGCCAAUAUAGAAGGCAUUACAAUGUCACAAGGAUCAAAAUGCCCUGAACUGAGUAAGCUGAGAAUGUAUGAUUGCUGGAAUUUUGGUUAUUUUCCUGAGGGAGGGCUGCAUGCUCCCAACUUGACCGUUAUAGAUAUCGAUGGAUGCAGUAAUUUGAGGUCACUACCAGAACACAUGAACACCCUUCUUCCAUCUCUCGAGUCUAUGUCCAUAGGACUUUGUCCAAAACUGGAAUCAUUUCCAGAAGGGGGAUUGCCAUCAAAUUUGAAGUCACUGAAUAUACGUUCCUGCAAAAGACUCAUUGCAAACCGAAUGCAAUGGGGACUGCAGGAACUCACCUCUCUCGAAGUCUUGACAAUUGACUUCAUAAGAUGUGAGGAUCCAGAAUCAUUUCCGGAGGAGGGCCUGAUGCCAAUCUCUCUUGUCUCUCUCUCCAUCUACGAUCUUUUGAAUAUGAAGACCAUUAAAGGCAAGGAGUUGAGACACCUCAGCUCGCUUCCAAGAAUGGAAAUAUGGGGAUGCCCCAAGCUCGAGUGCUUGCCAGAUGAAGGGCUUCCGGCUUCUCUUACUUGUCUAAGAAUAGAGGGAUGUCCUUUGCUGAAGCAAAGAUGCCACAGAGACCAAGGGGAAGAUUGGCCCAAGAUUGCUUACAUCUCCAACAUAUGGAUCGAUGGAAACCGAUAUCACGUGUGA